AUGAACACCAUGCGCAAGCACUGGCAGAACAAGCACAGCUGGUCGCCAUAUCCCAGCCGUGGUCGUACAGCGCCACAAAAGCGUACGGCAGCACAGGAUGAGGUGGACAGAUCAUGCCAGAAGGUGCAGUUCCAGCAGGUAUUUGCAUCGCGCAAGGGCUCCCACUACAUACAGAUCCAGACUAAGGAGACUAUUAAGCACACCGGCACUCCAGACCAGAACAGAGCCAGCCAGGUCAUUGAUGAGAAGGAGCGGUUUUACCAGGAACAGCAACGGCAGACCAGCAAUGUCAUCCAGGCCGGGGAGCACGAUGAAGCCAACCCAUGGCUGCGGCGGACCAGAUGGCCGGUGUACUUGACCAACAUCGCACCCAAUGAUCUGGUCAACUGCGUGCAGCGGCCCGACGAUGACACCACGUGCCCAAAUGAACUGGCCGCGAGGGCCAUCUGGGAGGCCAUGGGGCAGGUUGCCCGUACCAGCCAGCGAGUCAUCACACGGCUGGGCCACUUCGUCCGCAUCGAGGCCAUCCGCACAGAGCGACACCAGACCCGGCACACCCCGUUGCAGGCAUACAUGGACGAGGAGAGCAUCGCCGAGCACGUGAGGCCAUGGCAGCAGAUGUUGAUGUUUUUCGCCCGAACGCAGGUCGAGCAUGAAUGGACGAGCGCACAGUACCGGUUCACACCACGGCAGCGCAAGACAUGGAGGGUAUUAUGGCAGGUAGCCACCGCAGAGGGAGCCGACCAGCGACACUCCAUCAGCCCAGACCCCAUGGAUGAGCAGAUGACUGAGGAAGAAGAAGAGGAGGAGGAGGUGGAGGAGGAGGAGGAGAAGAGACAGAGAGAUACCCAGUCAGAAGAAGAAGAUAAGUUCAAAUUAGUCAAGAUUCAGAUGGCAUGUUUGGAUUUUUGCAUUGAGCUGCUGAACCAACACGUUGGCGGUGCUGGGACGGGGGGAGUAUGGAUGGUGCGACGCGAAGAGCUACCCACCAAUAUUGUCACGGAUCAAGAAGAAGAUAAGUUCAAAUUAACCAAGAUCCAGAUGGCAUGUUUGGAUUUUUGCAUUGAGCUGCUGAACCAGCGGGUUCAGGUGGAGGAUUAUGAGUGCGCGCUGGUAGACGCGUUGGCGGUGCUGGGACGGGGGGAGUAUGGAUGGCGCGACGCGGAGAGCUACCCACCAAUAUUGUCACGGAUCAUCAAGGUGGCACGGUUCAUGGUGGUGCACAAGGCGGUGCGACUGGACGCCAAUGCAUCCGACAUGCUGGCCAGGAACCAAGCAAGCCAGAUGGUGGGAGAGUGGGCCGUGGUGAGCGCCAUGAAGGAGGCGGAUUACACGUUCACAGGCAAUCAGAAUGAAGGGUAA